GUCGGGACCAGCGCACUUUUCACUCAGUCAGUUAUAUACGUAAAGUCCAGAAAUAUACUUUAUAGUAUCCUUAGACAAACAUCAUGCGAUUAUAAUGAAGACUUAGAGUUUCAUUUGAUUAUGGUUAGUGCGAUUUUGAGCCUAACUUUCGACUUUACAAUAAGGAUGUUUUUUGCGAUAUGAAUAUCGCAAAAUAUGAACGAUAAGGAUCCGAAAUCAUCCCCGGAUAAUGGCAAACAAAGUGUUGGCAGCGAAUCAACAAACAGCAAGAGGAGCAGUGGGAUCUUCUCUUUUUUCAAGUGGCUCAGACCUUCUGGAAGUGCAGCAUCGCGGGAAUCUUUGAAUUCGGACAAGACGAAUAAUUCGAGCAGCUGUGAAAGCCUCAGUUCUGUGCAGAGUUCAGGGACAGUGGCUUCGUUUUCCUUCGUAGAACCGAGCGCGUACUCCAACAAUUUGAAGCACAAAAAAAUACCUCCGUCUCCCGAGACUGACACUUAUAAGGCGAGGAUCAAACAAAGGGAUCAACGUAGGGAGAAGGAUAAAAAUUUGACUUUGAGAAAAAAAUACAACCUUUUCUUCGGCAGGGAGACUCUAUUGAAGACGGUUUCUUCCACUGAAGAAAAUAGCAAAAGCUUACCACUCAUGACGAAGCCUGCAUUGAAAGAAGAAUCUAGAGAAGAAGGAUUUCACAGAAGGACCAAUAGUGAUUCCUCGAAAGUGAAAAAGGCCGGUGCUUACGUCCAUGUGAAGGGUAAAAGGAAAGCGCCACAACCUCCUGGGAAUACAGAGGACUCCAACGCUAGUUUGAAGAAAACUACUAAACGAUUAGCUCCUAAACCCCCAGAACAAAAUUCUACUAUCAGAUCGGAAUCCUCAUUAUCUCAGCAAAGUGAAAUAACUUCGUUCAGAAGCGAACAAAUCAACGAAAGAACAAUUGAGGAAAACAAUAAGGUAACCAGCCAAUCAUAUACGACAACAGAAGAGAAUAGCCGAAAAUAUUCCAGUAGGAGCGAAGAUUCCAGUUCCGAAACUAUUCGUAAUAAAUCAACGAAUAGUUACUUGUUCGAUUUCAUCGGAAAAUCUUCAUCCCAGGAGACUAAAUCGAACAGGGACUCCAUCCUUCUGGAUGAUCCUCUUCAAAGCCAGAACAACCGCAAUACAGAACUCGAAACCAAGUGUCUGAAUUCACUGAAUGGCAUCCUCGAAUCAGCCAGUUCCUCGGAUGUAAUUUCGAAUGAUUCUCUAAAAUUAGAUCAUGGUAUUCUCAAACCUGUGAAGGACGAGGAACAGAAUAUUUAUUCCGAGUGUUCACCUUUUUCUUCCAAAGAACUUUCAGAAGAUUCGAAGCCUUGGUAUAAGAGACAAGAGACAGCAGCAGCGCAUUUGAAGAGGGAAUUUUUCAAAUCUUCCCUAGAUAACAAGUAUGAACCCAUAGAUGUGUUACCCGAAGUGUCCUUCACCAGGAAUUCAUCUGUGGAUUUGAGCUCGAAGACGAAGAAAGAAGAUAAAAUGGAAAAAAAGAAAGAAGACAAGAGAAAAUCCGGUGUGUCUCUCCUGGCGAAUAUAAGCGAAUUGGACAGGGAAGCAGCUGAAAUUCUGCAAAGGGAAAAAAUGAAAAACGCUGAUAGUUUCCAAGAGAUGCCAGAGUUCAUGAAACCUAAGGACGACAAUAAUAAAACGGACACGGACUCUUGGGUGACCCCUAAGAGAAGAUCGGCGAGGGACCUAAUAGCUAAGUUCAAUGCCAUCACCAACGUGACCAAAGCUACGGUAAACACUGCCUUUUUCGGAUCAACCCAGAAGAGAGAUUAUUUCGGAAAAUCUUCCUCCAAGGAAACGAAGAAAAAACAAGAAACAUUAUUGGAAUCGCACAAAAAACGAUUGGAAAUGAUAGACAAUAAAAUAAAUAAUGAAAAAAAGACGACCAUGGCCCCCCUCAUGAAAUCGGAGAGUGCUAGUGUUGUCAAAAAACCAGAUACCCCCAAGGCUGAAAGGAAGAGUUGGAACUGCCCGAAAUGCUACGUGGAAAACGAAUAUUGGAGAAUUAUUUGCCACGUUUGCUCGGCAAUCAAACCCUACUUCGAUGAACUUUCAGCCAGUCCAAAUUUGAAGAAAAGCGAUAAGAGUUUUGCUACCAAAGACACCAAUCAGAACCAAUAUGAACGUAUUCUAGAAAGAUCGAAGACCCAGAUAGGAUUCUCAGCUUUGAGCAAUAUGACCUCGGCUAAAAACAAGAAGACAGACCUUUAUACAAGUGCUUCGAGUGAGAAUUCCAACAAAACACAAGAUAGAAAAGAGGAACGGGAGAAACUCAAGAAAAUGUUGAUCGAAAUGAAGAAUUCUUUACCGAAGAAAGCAUAUCCUGGUAAAGCACAGAGUAAACAACAGAUCAUCACCGAAAAACCCGAAUUAGAAGUGAAAAAAAUCGAAACUACGAUUCCUGUUCUCGAUGUUGAUUCAUCCGACACUGACAAUGAGGAAGUUGAAGACAUUCCUUCUAAAAUACCAGUUAUGAUCAAACAAGACGAGAAAAAGGUGGAUAAUAUCGAAGAAAAAGUAGUCUCAAUACUGAUAGGUACCAAAGAAACCAUUUACGAAAAUAUCAAAGUCAAGAAAACCUCCGAUCCCAAACCGAUUAAGGUAUCAUCUUCAGCACAAACCGCCUCUGUCGUUCCCAAACCACCGGAACCAUCCAAGAGAGCCAACGUUACCACCAUGGUCAAAAAGAAGAACAGUUUCGAGCCUAUGAAAGUUCAAGACUUCGAAGACAUCUACAGCGACCAAAACGGCAGUUCUGCCGCUAGGAUAUACGCGAAUCUGGCCCAAAAUGACGAACUGAGUUUGUUCUUCAACAUGCCGAAGAAUCUCACCGAGAUGAAGAACACGUUGAGCAAGAUGAAGUUGCAGAAUAAGAACAAGGAUACUAUUGAGAUAAACAGAUUGCUACGAAAAUUGGAAGUGGCCAUUGCUAAGGGAGACCUGACCCAAGCCGCUGAUUUCGCCAAAGAAUUAGCCCAACUGAGGGUGAACUGCUCUGUGAUAAGGCAAAAAUCCAGUUCGGAAGAGAAAGAAAUUGAAAAGGACGGAUUCAGCGUCGAUAUGUACGUAGAAGAUAAGGUUUCGCACAGAGGACCGUUUCCAUUCCAAGUGAGAUCAGAGCAAACUGUUGGAGAGUUGAAAAAGCAAGUUGAGAAAGAGUUUGAGAUCCCCGUGGACGUACAAAGGUGGAUUCUGGGUAAGGAACUGGCUACAGAUGACAAGACGACUCUCAAGGAUAAUAAUAUCACCGAAGGAUGUCCAAUAUUCUUAUAUCUCGUAGCACCAGAUUUAGCAGCGACUGAAAAUCAAGAAAAACCCUUGAAAACGGCUGAGCCAUCAACAUCUUCACAAAACGCGGAAAGAAACGAAGCGCCCAAAGAAAAGAAAAAUGAUCAACCGAGGCUGUAUCCAGAGAUAAAUGCAUCAAAAUCGGGCGUCUAUCCAGAAAUAUCAGAAAAUGAAGCGAGAACAGACGGUCCUAAAAUUAUAAACGCAAUUCCAAAGGCCGUGGAAAUUCCUCGAAAAGAAGACAAAGAUGCGGGAGGUUCAUCAGCUUCUUCGUCAAAUUCGGAGGAUAAGAGAACGGAAACACUGAACGUGAAGCCGGAAAAACAUUUUUUCAAGGAAGUUGUUACGCAAACUGUUACGACGGCCCUGUUCGCUCCGGAACUGGAAAAGGGGGAGACGGAAAAUGUUGAAGAGUACGACGUGAAGACGUUGAAACCGAACAGGACACCUGUGGAAUGGGAAUGCCACCUAUGUACUCUUUUGAAUCCCGUCAAUAGUAACAUUUGUGGAGUAUGUGCCACUGUUCGUCUGAGUACUCCCCAAAAAAAAGAGAGGAAACAUUCGGCGAACAAACCUAGCGCACCUCCAGCAUCUCCAAGCGGUCAAACUUACCGCCAAUUGAUGAAUUUGGACAAUGAGGAUAUCGUCCACAAUACUGAAACGUUCGAAUGCGUUGUAUGCUUCAACCAAGUACCGCCAAAUGAGGGUGUAACGUUGAGGGAAUGCCUCCACCAAUUUUGUAAGGAAUGUGUCAGGCAUACUGUUGAAUUCAGCGAAGAAGCGGAAAUCAGAUGUCCAUACAGAGAUAACGAUUAUUCCUGCAAUAUAGCCUUACAAGACCGAGAAAUAAAAGCGUUGGUGUCCAAAACUGUUUACGAUCAGCAUUUGGCGAAGUCUGUUUCACAGGCAGAGAAUAAAAUAGAUAAAUCUUUUCAUUGCAAAACACCGGACUGUAAGGGUUGGUGCAUCUUCGAAGAUAAUGUCAAUGAAUUCCGGUGUCCAGUGUGCAGAAGAGUUAAUUGCUUGACUUGUCAGGCAAUUCACAUGGGCCUGAAUUGCAAGCAGUACCAACAACGGAUGACCGAAGAGGCGGACUGUGACGAAAACGCCAAACAAACACGUCAAAUGUUGGAUAAGAUGGUGAAAAACGGCGAAGCCUUAAAAUGUCCGACGUGCCACGUGAUAAUGAUGAAGAAAUGGGGCUGUGAUUGGUUGAGAUGUUCCAUGUGCAAGACUGAAAUCUGUUGGGUUACCAGAGGCCCCAGGUGGGGCCCCGGGGGCAAGGGGGACACUUCGGGAGGUUGUCAGUGCGGCGUUAACGGCGUCAAGUGCCAUCCGAAAUGUAACUAUUGCCAUUGAGUGAUACUUUCUACAUUCGAAUUAUAGAUGAAUUGAUUCGAAUUUUUUUUCACGUUUUUUACUAUAAAUCAGUAAGAUUUUGGGGGAAAAAUAGUAUUUAUAGGGGAUUCCUUAAAAAAAUUGUUAUUACUUAUGCCAGUUUGUGGUUUUUGUUUUUAUUCAAACUGCAAUUCGAACGAAUUUUGUAGGCGAUUGUAUGGAUACGACCAAAAACAAUUAAAAUUAAAUAAAUAGGUAUGAUAUGUUUGAUUACAGAGAUCGAAAAAGACACAAGGAAAGUGCAAUAUUAGAGAAUUCUUUGUUUUGCGCUCUUUUGAAAUUGUUUCAAUUUAAUGUUAAUUUAUUCGAAGUUUAGGAAAAUUGAUUUUUUUUACUGAAAAAAUAACAUAAAUGUGUGCAUGUUUAUCUUAUUUUUCUUCAGUUAUUUUAAUGAUGCUAGGAAAUGAUUGAAGUAAUUAAAAUUUCGAAUUUGGUAUUAUAAAGAUAGACGCGAAAAAAUAAUAAAUUGCAUCAUAUAUCUGGAGAUUUAACGUUUUCUGAGAGACCGCUUACGUAAACUAUUUGAGAGAAUUAGUUUUUUAUGUGAUUUCUAUUGGUAAAAAUUGUGAGAUAUGUAAUAACUGCCAUAUAUUUUAGUUUCGUUCAAUAAUUUUCGACAUUGAAAUAAAAAUGAAUGCUCUUUUU